AUGGCGUCCUCUCUGGGCUCGGCAUUUCGCUCCUUCUGGCAUACCAUGACCUCUAAUGACAGACACGCCUCCCACGACUCUCCCUAUCGAACCGGACAGCAUGUUCCCCUUAGCCAGAACCGCAAUGCCCCCCUCACAUCCGUGGCUACAAGCGCUGCUGAAUCUCGUGCGGAUCUGAGCUUCGAAGAAAAUCCCGCCAAACGAUCCUCCAGUCCUGCGUGGUCAGGUUCCCAUGGGGGAGUCACCUCUCCCGUUAGACCCUACUCGCCAGGCAUGAGGUCGUUAUCCUCCCAGCAGAGAAGGUCUAAUGAACUCAGUAGCUCGGAUGGUGUUGCUCCGACGGAAAUACAAAUGCAGAGUUUCCAUGCCGGCGCGCCGCCCCCUCCACCUGUCUCACAUUCUUGGAAAAAGAUCGAUCAAUGGGCAGAAAGCAACUACGAAGAACUUUACGAUCAAUUGUGCGAAGGGUGCUCGCAGAAUGAUGUGAACGAGCUGGAACAUGAACUGGAUUGCACUCUUCCACUAGAGGUUCGGGAAUCUCUGCAAAUUCACGACGGACAAGAACGCGGUGGAAGACCAACAGCCUUUGGUGGAAGCUCCGCCGCUUCCUCUUCAUCAGCGCCUCCGCCGCCACCACCUCAAAUAGGCUCGAAUCCGUUAUGGAGACAGGAAUUGUUGGACAAACAAGAUUCGCAGCCACCAAAGGCCAUCCAGAAAGCAUAUGCCCACCCCAGCUGGAUCCCUCUGGCUCGUGACUGGGGUGGAAACAACAUUGCCGUUGACUUGGCCCCAGGGCCAGCGGGGAAAUGGGGCCAGGUUAUCAUAUUUGGCCUGAGCCCCGACAGCAAUAACAACAAAAUCGAUGGCACCGCUUCUCUGAAUUCCGAUGCAACCAAGAAUCCCAAUGGCGUUGCUGAUGCUGCCUCUUCCACCACCACGACAACAUCGACAACUACGACAGCAACAGCAUCGUCAGACACCUCCAAGAGCGACGUUACCACCGACGAUCCUCCAGAAACAGGCCUUUCUGCCGCACCGCCGAAGGAGAAAGAGAAGGAAAAACACAAGCGCAGAAGUAACCUGACCAGCCCACGUUCGUCGACGGGACUUGAUGCGGAUGCUUUGGAAGGGAUGAAGAAUAAUGGAGGUGAUCUAGGAACUUUGAGUUAG